GAGCUGUCAGUGACAUUCGCUUCAGCAGACAGAGAUUCACACACACAACAAGUAACAGCCAGAGAGACAAGAGACAUCAGGCACCAGCAGAGUUGAGACAGAAGCACUCACAUCGAGGAGUGAGACUUAACCAGUGCACCUUUGGAGCAGCUGUUUCUUCUAAUCUUCAGUGUGGCUGGACUUGGAGGUCUGAGGAUUGUUUGUUUGUCUUUGACUUUGGACGGACUCUUGCUUUGUUGCUCCUGAAGCAGCGACUUCUCUUCGAAUAGGACAAAGCACCAGAAAGAGCAAGGAAAGAAAAAGUUUGAGACUUGCACAGGCAGUAAAAUUAGAUUUGAUUUCUUACACAUUUUGGCUCCUGUUCCACCAAUGGCUGCUGUGCGUCAGAUGGUUAUGGAGGCCUCUGGUUUCCACGUCUUGCCUGCUCACCUUAUGGCCUCAGCCAUGGAGGAGUUCCCCCAGCAGCUGCCUGUCCCAAAGGGCCCGGCCAGGGGCAAGAGCCGCUCCCGCCGACCCCGUGAGGCUCGAUUCAAAACACAGCCUGUAACCUUUGCUGAGAUCGCAGAGGUGGAGGAAGAGGGCUCCUCGCCACUGGAGGAGGAGAGGGCGCGUCGUUCCUUCCUGCAGUCCCUGGAGAACCUGAGGCGGAGCACACAGACCCUUCACUGUCCACCAGCCACCCAUCACAGCUGCACCCCCACAACCACACAGGCCAGCCUGGACUCCAGUGACUCCGACUCCACUCAGUGAGGGCUGGAUCAUCUCCUGGCCCCCGUGUUCCUCGCUUCGCCUUGACGCCGCUUCAAAUGGAGGCCAACUGAACUGAACCAAACUGGCCUGUCUGCCAGCCUGCCUGUGUUUGUAAGCUGCUGCUGCUGCUGCAAAAGUCUGCAUUUAAUAUAUACUAACAUAUCAACAGUAUAUAGCUUGGAGAUGCACUUGUUGCAUAUCUGUAAAGGUCCCCACCAGUGCCACAGGCUGGUGAUACUGCUGUAUAGAUAUGAUGAGUGUAAAGGUAGCAGAUGACGCAGAGUUGAACACACCACUCUGACUCUUUAAAUGUAUUCCUUUUCUACUGUAGACAUCUUCGAGGAAAACUUGAAAGAUGAAAGAUUUUUCCAUUUUAAAGAUGUAUAGGUAUUUUUGUUUCAAUCCAGAUUUUCUACUUGACCAGUCAACAUAGAAAAGACUGUUAAAAAAAAAUGUUAGUAUUGCGACUUACCAAACUGUAAAUACUUUGACUAAGCAAUGUACUGUGCAACAACAGUGACCUGGCUGUCACUGAAGCAGUAGAGUACCAUCACAAGGUUCAAGCUCUUGUUUUCCAGCUUCACGGUGAAAGAAAUCUCUGCUCUUGCUUUGAUUCCUGAGCAAAAAAAAAAAAAAAAAAAAAGCCUUUCUAAAUGUUUUUAUUUAUUCUUUUAUUUUUGUUCAUAACCAAGUGGAAUUGUAGAUGUGAUAUUUUAUUGCUGUUUCUGACUUCUAAAGUCGCCUUGACUUUCAAAGAAAAUCAUAACCUUUAUACUUUAUAUUUGUUUUACUUUAUACAUAUAUGUUACAAUGUUUGUCAUAUGUACUUUAAUAAAUAUUUUCAAAUA